AGGAUGGAACUGAAAUACGGAUAUAUGUUGACUAAGGAGUUGGAAUAAGACUGAGUCCUGCUCUGUGAUAUUUAUAUACCUGGACCAUGAACUUGCUGUUUGGCUUCACGCUUUAGGAACUUCUGUAGUAACUCUGUGAAGCUGUUGGGAAUCAUGGCAUUCUCUCCAUGGAAGCUGUCCUCUCAGAAACUUGGCUUUUUUCUUGUGACUUUUGGUUUCAUUUGGGGAAUGAUGCUUCUGCAUUUUACUAUUCAGCAGCAAACACAACACGAAAGCAGUUCAGUCCUGCGUGAGCAAAUUUUGGAUCUCAGCAAAAGAUACAUCAAAGCAUUAGCCGAAGAAAAUAAAAAUGUGGUUGAUGGGCCUUAUGUUGGGACAGUGACAGCAUACGAUUUGAAGAAGACACUUGCUGUCUUGUUGGAUAAUAUCUUGCAGCGCAUUGGGAAGCUAGAGUCCAAGGUGGAAAAUCUUGUACUUAAUGGAACAGGAGCAAACUCUACCAACAAUACUAGCACUCCUGCUCCCAGCUUAGGAGCAGUUGAAAAGCUUAAUGUAGCAGAUCUCAUAAAUGGAGCCCAAGAACAGUGUGAACUGCCUCCUAUGGAUGGUUUUCCUCACUGUGAAGGGAAAAUAAAGUGGAUGAAAGAUAUGUGGCGAUCAGAUCCCUGUUACGCAAGUUAUGGUGUAGAUGGGUCCACAUGCUCCUUUUUUAUUUACCUCAGUGAGGUUGAAAAUUGGUGUCCUCGUUUACCUUGGAGAGCAAAAAAUCCUGAUGAAGAAACUGAUCAAAAAACAGUGGCUGAAAUUCGUAUCAACUUUGAUAAUCUCUACAAAAUGAUGUCAAGACAUGAGGAAUUCAGGUGGAUGAUGUUACGCAUCAGACGAAUGGCUGAUACCUGGAUUGAAGCAAUUAAAUCACUUGCAGAAAAACAAAAUUUGGAGAAGAGAAAACGAAAAAAGAUUCUUGUUCAUCUGGGGCUUUUGACAAAAGAAUCUGGAUUCAAGAUUGCAGAAAAUGCGUUUAGUGGUGGCCCACUUGGUGAAUUAGUCCAGUGGAGUGAUUUAAUUACAUCUCUCUACUUACUGGGCCAUGACAUCAGGAUUUCAGCUUCACUGGCAGAGCUCAAGGAGAUUAUGAAGAAGGUUGUAGGUAACAGAUCUGGCUGCCCUACCCAGGGGGAUAAAGUUGUAGAACUCAUUUACAUUGAUAUCGUGGGACUUACUCAGUUUAAGAAAACCCUUGGUCCAUCAUGGGUACAUUACCAGUGUAUGCUAAGAGUUUUGGAUUCCUUUGGAACUGAACCAGAGUUUAACCAUGCCCAUUAUGCCCAGUCUAAAGGCCACAAGACACCAUGGGGAAAGUGGAACCUUAAUCCACAGCAGUUUUAUACAAUGUUCCCUCACACUCCGGAUAACAGCUUCCUUGGAUUUGUGGUAGAGCAGCAUCUGAAUUCCAGUGACAUUAAACACAUUAAUGACAUCAAAAGGCAGAAUCAAUCUCUCGUUUAUGGCAAAGUAGAUAAUUUCUGGAAGGAUAAGAAGGCUUAUCUGGACAUCAUCCACACCUAUAUGGAAGUGCACGGAACCGUUCACGGGACAAGCACUAUUUAUAUUCCUGGCUACGUAAAAAACCAUGGUAUACUCAGUGGGCGGGAUUUGCAGUUUCUGCUGAGAGAAACGAAACUGUUUGUUGGUCUCGGAUUUCCAUACGAAGGGCCGGCUCCUUUAGAGGCUAUUGCUAAUGGAUGUGCUUUUCUAAAUUUAAGAUUUAACCCACCAAAAAGUAGCAAAAACACAGAAUUUUUCAAAGGCAAACCUACAUUACGAGAGCUGACAUCUCAGCAUCCCUAUGCUGAAGUUUACAUUGGGAAGCCCCAUGUCUGGACUGUAGACAUCAAUGAUCUUUCUGAAGUUGAGAAGGCUGUGAAAUCAAUUUUGAAUCAAAAGAUUGACCCUUAUUUGCCCUAUGAAUUUACAUGUGAGGGAAUGCUUCAGAGGAUGAAUGCAUUUAUUGAAAGACAGGAUUUCUGUCACGGGCAGGUGAUGUGGCCCCCAUUAAGUGCCCUUCAAGUAAAAAUUGCUGAACCAGGAAAAUCCUGUAAGCAAGUUUGUCAGGAAAGCCAGCUCAUCUGUGAGCCUUCUUUCUUCCAGCAUCUUAACAAGGACAAAGCUCUGCUUAGGCAUAAUAUUGAAUGUCUGACCAUGGAGUCUGCAAAUGAUAUUCUGGUCCCCUCGUUUGACGGAAGAAGGAAGCACUGUGUUUUCCAAGGCGACCUCUUACUGUUCAGCUGUGCCGGAUCCCACCCAACCCACAGAAGAAUCUGCCCCUGCAGAGACUAUAUUAAGGGACAGGUUGCGCUUUGUAAAGACUGCCUAUAG